AUGGCAGAGCUUCUGGGCAUCGUCGCCGGUGGAGCUGGACUUGCCUCUCUGGCACUCCAGUUAGUCGAUGGCGGCCAGAAACUACGGCAGCGCUAUAAGAACGUCAAAAGCCUUGGAGGCAACAUCACUUGGUUGAGUGAAGAUGUCGAGCUCAUCGGUAAACAACUCAUCCAACUCGAGGCUAGCGCGGACGACAUCAUGCAAGAGCAACUUGGCCCGAUCAUGAUGGGCAGAUGUCGAGACCGCUCUGCAAUAGUAGCAGAUCGCUUAGCAAAUCUCGCUGGAGAUAUGCCAGCCAACUCAUCCAGAAGACAGAUUGUACGGACUACAUUCAGGUCAGGUCAAUGGAAAGGCGAACUUGAUGACCUUCAGACCCUUGUUACAGGUCUUAAACAAGAUAUCUCUCAGUAUACCGCCCCUCUGCCUAUUUUCACUAAGCAGCAAGACUAA